AUGGUGGUUUGGCAUGAUUCAAGAUUUUUAUUGAAGUAUCUUGGUGCUACAGUUGCUGUUAUACUGAUUAUUGAGCCCUUCUUCUCAGGCCAUCUGAGGCCUGACACUUCAACUUUAGGCCGCGCGGGAGAUUCUUUGGGAACUCUUUCUAUAAGUUCAAGGCGGCUUAAUCGUCUCAGUGGUUAUGCUGAUCGCAUUCAUGAAUUAUUGGCCAUAUCAAGAGAGCUAAGUGUGGUCAAUGGUAAAUCUUCUGGGAGCAGAAAUUGCUUUAGUGAAGCUGAUUACAUUGAAUUUGCUGGUGUCAAGGUUGUUACCCCCACGGGUAAUGUUUUGGUGGAUAAUUUGUCACUUAGGGUCGAAUCAGGAUCUAAUCUUUUUGAUUACAGUUCCAGGAACAGAUCUAAUGGAGAUGGGGUGGGGCCUGUAGCUAUGAGGGUUAGAGCAUGUGGCUGCGAACCAUGGUGUUGGGGCUUCAAAGCCUUCAUGAACAAUAUUAUGUCUCUCAUUAGUGCUUGUACACAUGCUUCUAGAGCUACUCGAUUAGGUAUGCACCGGGUGCAUUUCCCUGAGGGUGUCCUAAAGUUACUCUCCAGGAGCGGAACAUCUUUUCUCAAAGAGCAAAUCCAUCAAACUUGGUCAGCCAUUAUAGAACAAGCAAUCCUAACGUGGGUAGAUUGGUUAGGGGGAUGCAGAAAUAGUACCUCAAGAUUCAAUCUGCAUGUGUUUGUCUGUUUGUCUGUCAAGGUCCAAAUGGUAGUGGGAAGAGCUCACUUUUCCGAGUUCUAG